AUGAAGAGAAGUCUCAUCCAUGGACCACGGUUUGGACAAGCUGUCAUCGGCCCUCCCGGUGCUGGGAAGACAACGUAUUGCCACGGCAUAGCCCGUUUCCUGAGUGCGCGGGGUCGACCUGUGGCGGUCGUCAACUUGGACCCUGCCAACGAUAAACUUCCUUUUCCUGUCGACAUAGACGUCUCAGAACUCGUGAAUUUGGCGGAUGUCAUGGAGACACAUAACCUGGGACCCAACGGCGGCCUCGUGUACUGCAUGGAUUAUUUGGAGCAAAACUUUGACUGGCUGCUUGAACGACUGGAAGCUUUGCAAGGACGGCGCUACGUCCUCUUCGAUUUCCCCGGACAGAUCGAGCUCUACACGCAUGGCGAGGCGGUUCAACGUCUGUUGCAACGUCUGGAGAAGUGGGGCUGUCGGUUGACCGCCGUGCAUCUGGUAGACGCCCACCACUGCAGCGAUGCCGGCAAGUUCAUUUCGGCCGUGCUCAUUUCGUUGACAACCAUGGUGCGGCUGGAACUCCCCCAUGUCAACGUUUUGAGUAAGGUAGAUUUGGUCGAAUCCUAUGGGCGCUUGGCUUUUGACUUGAACUUCUACACAGAUGUGGUUGAUGUGCAACGUCUUUUGCCCUAUGUGGGGACACGAUCCACCUACAAAGACCCAGGGCGGGAAGGGGAGGAGGGCGGAGGCAGGGAGGACGAAAACGGAUGGGAAGAGGAAGUUAGGGAAGGCUCUAUCGAGGAUGGGGGUGAGGGAAAAAGAGACGGACGGGAAGCAGGAACGUCGGGGGGGGGGAGGUUCGCCAGACGGUAUCGCAAGCUAAACGAGGCGUUAUGUGAGCUAAUAGAGGACUUUUCAUUGGUCGCAUUCCAUCCCUUGAAUAUUCAAGAUGCCGAUUGUAUCGAAAGAGUGCUGGCGGUAGUGGAUAAGUGCAAUGGAUACCUUUUAGGGGCAGAAGAAAGAGCACUGGUGGGAAGGGAGGGAGAAGCAGCUUUGUUGUCAACACUGUCGGGCUUGGCAUUCAGAGCACAACCUGACGCGGAUCGUGUAAAGGAUGUGCAAGAUAGAUACAUGGAUAUCGAAGACAGGGACGAAAAUUCCCUGUCAAAAAACAAAGCGAGAUAA